AUGACAGACACCAAAACCCUGCCCGCCGCCUCCCACAAAGCCUCCUCUGGCCCGCCGCCCCCCGCCUACGAUGCAGCUGUCGGCUCAUCAUCGUCAACAUCAUCACCCCCCUUGCCCUUCCAGACCAAUUUUGCCUCGUUGUCGCUGCACAUGAGCGACCGCCUCCGGCUCGUGCAGUUUCCCGACGACGACGUCGCCGCCGUGCGCGCCCUCAUCCGGCAGGUCUGGCGCGAGGGCAUCCAGGCGGAGCGCCCUUACUCCGUCUCACACGAGUUCAAGCUGCGCGGGCGGCCCUGGAGCGGCAGCGGCACAGGCCCCUACGCCGUGCCGGCCAUUCUGCUCGUGCGCGAACUCUUUGCGUGCCUCUAUGCCCGCGGGUGGAUCAUGACGGCGUCGACGGACAUUUCCCGCAAGGAGUUUGACAAGGACACGCUCAUUUUCCGACGCGGCGGCCCGUCGCUGCCGCCGGCGUCGUGGAUGGCCGUGUCAUUCAAGCAGGGCGACAAGAUGCGGCUGCUGGGCGCGCCGCCGGGACUGGUCGCCGCCGUGGGGGACGUGCUGGCCAGCAUGCGGCUGCUGCAGGCGCGGACGGAGAAGGAUGCGGCGAUGGAUCAGUACGAGUUUAAACUGUACGGGUACCCGUGGUCGGCGACGGGCGAGGAGACGAUGCGCACGCGGCUGCUCGUGCUACGCCUGGUCGAGGUCCUGGAGAGGCACGGCUGGAGCUUGUAUGCGAGCAUUGACCAGAACAGCGGCCCGUCGGGCGAUAGUAGCUACAGCGAGACGGACUGCUGGUACUGCGUCAAGUCGUCGGAUUGGACGCCUGGGAGCAUCAUUAUUCAUAGAUAG